AUGGCUUCUGUCUGUACCUUGGCAAUUCAAGUGCAGUUUCUUAGACUAAACUAUGGUCGAGACUUUACAAGAGAGUUUUGAGACAUAUGGUCUUGUGUACUAUGUGCUGUUGCUGCCAAGCACUCUGAUUGUGUUUGUCAUCUGUCUCUUCAUUCGCUGGAUGGGACUGAAAUUCUUUAGACACAAUUAACCUCAACUUAACAAGUGAAUCUGUGAAGUUCGAAAAUUAUUAAACCGUCAUGUCUGCAAUAGUAAGACAGCUGUGUCGCCACUUCAUUCAAGGGAGACAACCUGUAAACGUGACACAGGUUCUUUGUGCACGAUUCUCUCCGAGACAAUGUCAUAGCCAUGCUGCGGUAACAUUGUCUGACGAAAACCUAGAAAAGGAAUCAAGCCAAGAGAAGCCUACAGGUAGAAAGGCAAGGAAAUUACUCGAAAGGAAAUCAUCCUUUGAAAGACUCCGCAGAAGUAAAGAAAAUAAUUCCAUGGAAAAUAAUGAUAUUGGUGAGUUGAACACUAGGAGAGAAACAAGAGACAACUUUCAUUUUAAGGAAGAAAACAAACACGCAAGAAAUUUUGACGAUGGCUUUCAAUUCGGUGGUGAAAAAAAAACUUUCAGAAGGAAAAAUUCUGAUAAUGACUUCCAAUUAAGCGUUGGAAAAAAAAAUUUCAGAGGGCAAAAUUCUGCUGAAUUCCAUAGAGAAGAGAAAACUUUCAGGAGAAAACAAAUGGGUGAAUCAAAAGACAGUAAGAAUGUAAAUGAUGGCAACAAAAGUAAGCUUGUACAAGGAUCUGGGAAUCGUUUUGGAGUGCAAUACAGAAAUAAGAAAUUCCCAUUCAAGGGUGAGAUACUGUUUGGCUAUCACCCUGUGAGCAUUGCACUAUCUCACAGACGACGACAUUGUCACAAACUUUUCGUCCAAAGAGGCCGCAGACUGUCCCCUGAUGUUGAUAUUCUGGGCUUGGCCAAGGAAGCCAAAAUACCUGUUGAAGAGGUUUCCCGGAUUCACCUGGAUCAGCUGUGCCUAGGGCGACCGCACCAGGGAAUCUGUAUGGAUGCAGACCCACUUGAUAUCCAUAAUUUGUCACCAGAUGAUACAAGGGCUGCCAUCCUGGACCCACCUCCAAUAUGGUUGCUGCCUUACGAAAUUGUGGAUCCUAUGAACAUGGGAGCAAUCAUUAGGUCCUCCUAUUACUUCGGUGUGGAUGCUGUUGUCCUCUCAAGUCACCACAGUGCCACUGCUAGCCCUAUGGUCAGCAAAGCAAGCUCUGGGGCCAUGGAAGUGAUGAAAUUUUUUAAUUUAAAAAACAAAGAAGCCACAACACAAUUUCUAGAGGACUGGAGGGCCAAUGUAGGACAGAUAAUUGGUACAGCAACUGGACCUGGAACAGUGGAAGUGACAGAGUGUGUGGUAAACAAGCCAACACUACUUAUUGUUGGUAAUGAGCAUCAUGGUUUGAAGGACGAGAUUCUGAAACAUUGUGAUCAAGUGAUCAAGUUAAGGGAGUGUACACCUGAUAGACAGUCAUUGGUGGAAUCUCUUAAUGUUUCUGUGGCAACCGGGAUAGUACUACACACCCUGACAACCAAUAAAACAAAUACAUGAAGGAGGACAGAUUUAUAGGCAUGUAAAACUUGAAAAAGAGAAGACUUCGCUGAGAAAAGUGAUAAAAAUUAUGUAUCAUGUGGGUUGAUUAAAAAAAAAUUCUUCAAUUUACAUGGACCGUUGAAAAGGAUUCACAGUGAGAUUCAGCAAGAUAUUUAGCUCAAUAAAUCAUGUUUUUUUCAGGUGGAAAACAAAAGAAGAUGUUACAAGUCUGUAUUGCAUGAACAAAGGUUCAGAUUGUCUAAACAAAAUGUUUCCAUCGAAAA